GCUCAUUAUUCUUUAGAAAAGUUAUGGCAAUGUCUUUUAGGAAGUAUCGUCAAAGAGGAUGUAUAUGCUGUAUCUUAGUUUUGCAACGGUUAAUAUGUAAUUUUUCUCGAAGUAAAUUGACCAACAGAGGCAUUGAUAUCAAAAAAUGGUACUGACUUGUGGUGCUUGGCAAAUGUGUAUUGGAAAGGUGGCAGGUGUCGUGUCGAGAGUCGCGACGAUGAUUCGAGAUGAUUUUAUCUGCCCCAACGGAGUCUAUAAGGAACUCUGGACACGCAAUUAGCCCGCAUGGCGCCGGACAGAGUGUGGACGCUUGCGCGUGGUAAAUAGAGUCAUGGCUCCGAAACAUCCUCCCUGGACUUAAUCCGAGCCUACUGAUCUACCUAAUCCGACAUCGUCUCAGGAGGAGAGGGCAGAAUGGAAGUUGCCGGCAGUGAGGAGAUGUCCUUCCACGUCGUGCAUAAGAUUCCGGCAGGCGAGGGGCCGUACGUUCGAGCAAAGCAUCUCCAGCUGGUGGAGAAAGACUUGGAGGGGUCGAUCCUGUGGUUUUGGAAGGCCAUCAACGAGAGGGACAGGGUGGACAGCGCACUGAAGGACAUGGCGGUGGUGAUGAAGCGGCAGGACCGGACGGAGGAAGCUGUGGAAGCCAUCAAGUCCUUCCGGCACCUCUGCUCUAACCACUCCCAGGAUUCCCUUGACAACCUUCUCAUCGAUCUCUACAAGAAAUGUGGGAGAGUGGAGGAGCAGAUAGUGAUGUUGAAGCAGAAGCUGCGGAUGAUAUACAUGGGGAAGGCCUUCAAUGGGAAGACGACGAAGACGGCACGCUCCCAUGGCAAAAAGUUCCAGGUUUCCAUCAAACAAGAGACUGCUCGUCUCCUGCAAGCCAACUACAUGGCGGCGGAGGCGGUGUACCGCAAGGCGCAGAUGAUCGAACCCAAUGCCAACAACGGCUGCAACCUCGGCGUCUGCCUCAUCAAUCAAGGCCGCUACGACGAGGCUCGCUCCAUCGUCACCACCGUUCUGGACCUAGGCUUCUCCAGCGCCACCGCUGCUGCCGUCGAUCGCAAGGCGCUACAACGGGCGAAGAAGUUGUUGGCCGAGAUCGAUCAGUCGAUCUCCGUCUCGGAGAUGACGAGGAGGUUAGGGGAGGAAAUGCUGCAGAGUUUGGACAUCAUGGAAGAAGGUUGGACACCCUCCAAGUCCAAGAGGUUGCCGGUCUUCGAGGAGAUAUCUCCCUUUUGGGACCAGAUGGCCUUCUGAGAUCACUGUCUUGGGUUCCAAAGUGAUGUACACAGCAGCAGGAUGUGAAGAAGACACACGCCCGGUUAGUAGUAGUAUAGAACAUCCGUGCUUAAUAGCGGUGUUGGGCUCUGAUGUUGUAACGUAAGGAAGAAAGGGAGAAGGUCUGAAUCUGUGUUCAUGGUC